AUGCUUGCUAUUGCUGUACGGCAGACGUCCAUGAUGGCUACUUCAUGCUCCCCCUUCUCCAAGGCGGUGGUGAGGUGCAUGCAAAGAGUUUACCCAGAAUGCCUUGCGGAUAAGAGCUUCGAUAACACCGGCUUGCUGCUGGAAGCGCCGUUGAACCGUCACCGUCGAUUGAAAAACUCGGUCCUCUUGGCAGUCGAUCUCACAAAAGCCGUGGCAGACGAAGCAAUUCAUCGAGGAGAUUCGAUUAUAGUCGCAUAUCAUCCUAUCAUCUUCCGCGGCCUCAAGUCCCUAACACUUGGCAACUCGCAGCAACAAUCCCUUCUUCGACUGACCCAGGAGGGAAUAAGUAUCUACUCGCCUCAUACCGCCGUCGAUGCCACUCCCAAUGCGAUGGCAGACUGGCUAUGCCAGUGUGCCGUACCGCCCUCGGUGCCCCGACCGACUACCGUCACCCUAUACCCUAGCCCUUCGCCUCCGCCUGACCCCAACUUCCGUGACGCCGGAAUGGGUCGGAUGAUCACAUUCGAUCGUCAAGUACCCUUGAAUGAGAUACUCCAGGCCAUCGCUACAGGGGCAUUCCCGACCUCGCCUUCACGGCUAGGCUUCUCCGUCGCCAUCCCGCAAGGUAAAGCACGGGAGGAGAUAGGGAUUACUACCGUUGCGGCAUGUCCUGGCUCUGGUUCUUCAAUUUUGAUGAAAGAUGGUCGUCCGGUGGCCGAUCUACUUCUCACGGGAGAGCUCAGCCAUCAUGAUGCCCUGGCUGCUAUCGAGGCCGGCUCAGUAGUAGUCACGCUUUCACACUCCAACUCCGAACGAGGCUUUUUACAAUCCUCCAUGCGCAAAAUUUUAGAUACGGAACUUAAAGCCGAAUGGCAAAAGGCGCGCACUGUAGAUCGUCUUCCGGCCCAGUGUGAAGAGGAUAAGAUGCUCGAGGAGAUAUUCAAUGAUAAGAGUGCACAGGUCGAUGUCAGCGAAAAGGACCGAGAUCCAUACGACGUUGUGUUCUGGAAGGAUGGAAAUGCAGUAUAA